CAAAUAUAUAAAUAUACAGAGAAACAGAACAGAGCGAAAUCGGAGGAGGAGAGAGAGAGAGAGAGAGAGAAAGAGAGAGGAAAUCGGAGAAGACGAUGGAACCGAAGAAAGUGGCGAUAAUCGGCGCCGGAGUAAGCGGACUAGCGGCCUGCAAGUUCACUCUAUCCAAAGGAUUCAUUCCGAUCGUCUUCGAGGCGAGAGGCGCCAUUGGCGGCGUUUGGACCGAGACGCUGCAGACGACAGCGCUGCAGACGCCGAAAGAGAUGUACCGAUUCUCCGAUUUCCCCUGGCCGAAAACGGUGACGGAAGAAUUUCCCAAGUACAAUCAAGUUCUCGAUUACCUCAAAUCUUACGCCGACCAUUUCGGAUUGAUGAAGCACAUCCGUUUUAACACGAAAGUCCUGAGUAUCGACUGUGAAGGCUGCUCCGAUGAGGAACUUGACGGUUGGACUCUUUGGGGCGGUUCCGGCGAGGCUUUCAGUGAACGCCGUAAAUGGAGGCUCAAUGUCGUUGAUGCUCGGACUAAUGAUCCACUCGAGGAGAUUGUGGUGGACUUCGUUAUACUCUGCAUCGGAAGAUUCAGCGACGUUCCGAACAUCCCUGAAUUCCCUCCUAAUGGCGGCCCUGAAGCUUUCAAAGCCGGCAAAGUUCUUCACUCUCUCCAGUAUUCCGCCAUGGAUUUCGACACUGCUUCCAACCUCAUCAAGGACAAGCAAGUCACCGUCGUCGGUCUCCAGAAGUCAGCUCUUGAUCUCGCUAUGGAAUGCGCCAAUGCCAAUGGUCCGAAGAAUCCCUGCACCCUGCUCUAUAGAACCGCGCACUGGAACCUUCCUGAUCAUCAUCCAUGGGGAAUCCCUUUGACUUUUCUCUAUAUGAGUCGAUUCGCCGAGCUUCUCAUUCACAAGCCUGGCGAGAGCUUUCUCCUCUAUCUCCUCGCGAUUAUUCUUUCCCCAAUUAGAUGGUUGUUCGCGAAGAUUGUCGAAACCUACGCAACGAGGAAGCACGGACUGGCCAAAUACGGCAUGGUUCCAACCCAUGGCUUUCUGCAAGACAUCAGUUCAUGUUUACUUGCAAGCUUGCCUGAGAAAUUCUACGAAAAAGUGGACCAAGGAAGCAUUAUAUUGAAGAAAUCACAGAGUUUCUGGUUCUGUGAAGACGGUAUUAUGAUUGAAGGAGAAACCAAACCGAUUCGUUCAGAUUUGGUCAUUUUGGCUACUGGAUUUAGAGGUGAUCAAAAGCUUAAACAAAUCUUUACUUCCGCUACUUUUCGGGAUUGCAUGACAUUUGACGAUUCAGUGAUUCCCUUGUACAGGCAAUGCAUUCAUCCCAGAAUCCCACAGCUAGCUGUGAUUGGGUUUACAGAAAGCCCUUCAAACUUGUUCACCUCCGAGCUGCGGUGCCGAUGGGUGACAGAGUUUCUGGACGGCACGUUCAAGCUACCAAGCAUCAAGGAGAUGGAGAAGGACAUAGCCAACUGGGAGAAGAGCUUGACGUAUUACUCAGGCCCUUUCUCCAAGCGAGCUUGCCUUGCCAUUGUGCAUAUUUGGUACAGUGAUCUGCUCUGCAAGGACAUGGGGUGGAACCCCAAGAGGAAAAAGGGCUUUAUUGCUAACUUGUUUGUGCCUCAUGGUCCUUCAGAUUAUGCCACUCCUUGAAAAUUAGGGGGAAAAAUGGCUAUUCUCCCUAUCAUAUCCAAUAACAAUUGCAUUUCCUUAGCCCCAAUAAGAAAGUAAUGCAAUUUGAACGCCUCCAUUUGGUUCUUCUGGUUAGUCAAGAUGUUUUUUUUUUUUUUUUUUUUUUUUUGUACACAUCAUUAUGAACCAAAUUAGUGAGAGAUUGAAUAAAAUAUGAUAUGUUAUUUCAUAGAACUCGUUAUUUUA